UGUGGCCUAUUUGGAAUAAUCCGGCUACGGGAAUGAAACAUAUCAAGGAAGAAGUGCGUCAAAUACUGGAUGGCUUACUUCAAAAUUUGGAAUACGAAGAAAAAAAUUAUGAGAACAAUAUGUAUAAAACACUGAGAUUAUUAGGAACAAGAUGGGCUUGCAAAUUAGGGCAUAGAAAGUGUCAAAUAACUGCUACGACAAAAUUGUCUGGCUAUUUAUUAGAUCCUGAUAAAAACAAAUUUUCACCAUGGUGGAAAGAUUGGGUAUAUUGUGCCGGUAUGAGUUUGGCCAACGAAGCUAUAUCGCAGAUGUUCUUUGAAAAAUACAAAAACACAGCGGAUAUAGAUAUUUUGAAAUACUUGUUUUGCUCGGAUAAUGCACAAAUUAUUAUAAAGUAUAUGGAGGAAGUGUUUCUCGAACUUGGAAAUGUACUAUCGCAUAAGAAUUUAAAUGAACUUUAUCGAAUUGUUAUAAAGAAACACAUAAGGAAAAAUGAUGUGCUGAAAUACUUCAUACAGCAUUAUUCGAGAAUAAUCUGGUGGCAAGACACUUUUGUUCAAAACGCAAAAGUGUUAGGUAACAUGAUAAUGAAUGUAUAUUUAAAUGAAGAUAUCCGUGUGAUUGUAGAAUUUGCAAAUAAAUCCAAUUCACACAAAAUAAAUCUGGACGACAUAUAUCGAAUAGUAAGCGUUCAACGGAAAAGAAUUCAAACAAUGCAAAAAAUAAUUUACUCGUCAUGAAUAAGAAAAGCAGGACAUAUAAUUUCUAAAUGAACGAGUUUACAAAAUAUGAUGGAAUUCAAAUAAUUAAAGUGGCCAAACUGAGCGUUAUUGCAAAUUGGGCAGUUGAUUGAGAUGUCUGUGUCUAAAAUUAUGAUGUUUGUUUUAUAUAGAUGUAUUUUUAUGAUAUUUUAUCACAUUAUUCUUACAUUUCCAUGUUUCUAUUGUUCAUGUCUUUUAUUUACAUGUAUUUGUACACAUACAUUGUACAUUAUAUGAUAAUAAUAUACAGGAUGUCUCAGAACUUUGGGACACGGG